CCGCUCAUGAAUAGUGUGUUUCAGGAAGAAGUUGGCGCCUGAAGCUCCGUAUAUGGGUAGCUAGCAAGCUAACAGAAAUUAUGAAAGAUACUCUAUUUUAUUGAGUUUUCGCUCAAGCCUUAUUGAAAAACUCCUAAAUGAACGACAUGGAAUUCAGUGUUCCUCUUUCCUCGCUGGCACUCCUGGUCCCACCACUUCGACUGAUGUCAGCAGUGAUGUGGGAAGUGGUAAGGCAGCGGAACAUAAAGCACUAUGGGAAACUGGAGGAGUUUGUGUCCAUGGUAACGGAUGCAGUUCCUGAAAUGAUGAGCAAAAGAGAGGGGAGACUGCUCUCAUUGGGCCUGAGAGCAAGGACAACCCUUGAACUGCUACGUUCUGAACACCCCGAAGACCUCAAGGCUGUUGAGACUCAUCUUAACAGAAUACGAACUUCAUGUAUUGAGGAGACAAAUGAUCCUGUAAUCGAAGCCCCAGAGGCGAACUUCAUGAAGCUGGUGCAAGGCCUCAUUGAAGACACUGACGGCAGGGAACACUUUCUCAAGAAUGUUUUUCCCAUGGAGUACGGCCCUGACUUUGACACAGCCUUAGAAACUCUUGUUUGUGAAUUCUUCACUCGGUUGGAGGAGUUGCUUCCUAUACCAGAUUUCAAACAGACAGCAUCUUGGAUCAGUGCUGCCCCUGCUGUACUUGAGGAGUACAUGCAAUGCGUCUCAAAUGGAGAUGACCUUAAAUUUCUUCUCCAGAGCAAACAGUGCCAUGGAAAACUUGCAAAGACCACAAUUGCUCCAUUUCAAUCAGAUGAUCUUCUGAUUCCAUCUCUGUCUCUCCCUCCAUCCCUGGAAGUGGCCAUCGCUUCCCAUCCGAGUGCUUGCGAUGAUGAAAAUAACGACGUCCCUCAGAUCGUCAUGUUUGAUGAAGAACUGUCUACAAACCCUUCCACUUCAGCAGACUUUCCAGAAUCGCCCAAAACAACUGAUAUCCCUUCAUCUCCUCACAGGAGACAGCACACAGGAAUCCAUAAAUGCCCCGAGUGUGACAAAUGUUUCAAGCACCACUCUGUUCUGAUUGAACAUCAGCGAGUCCACAGUGGGCUGCAGCCUUACAACUGCUCUGAGUGCGGGAGGGCUUUCAGAACAGCCACUCUGCUGGCUGGGCACAGGCUCCGCAAAUGUAAAAACGCUGCAUAUCUUUGCAUUAAAUGUGGGAACAGUUAUCCAACCUCUCUGGAUAAAUUUCGACACCACUGCCCAAAACGGGGGCGUAACUACAACUGUGGGCAGUGUGGGAAAAGUUUUCCAAAGUCUAGCAGCCUGAAGGAGCACCUGCUGACUCAUAUGCAAAGCCGCCUUUUCAAGUGCAGCCAUUGCGGUGCUGGUUUCUCAGGAAUCGGUGACCUGAAGUAUCAUCAGCAAGUAGAUCAUGAGAAGCCUUAUCAGUGCAAGCAAUGCGGUAAGAACUUCAUCUCCUCAAAGAGCCUGUCCAAACAUCAGCAGCGGCAUGAGGAGAUGGGUGAAUUAGUGACGGAAAAAUUAAUAAGUGGAGGAAAACACAAGAAAAGUAGCUCAGGUCAUCGAACUUCUACAUCUCUGUCCUCCAGGAAGACAUCUAUCAAAGCUGUUUACCCACGUGGAAGAGUCACUCACAACUGUCCGCUGUGUGGACGGAGCUUUAAGUAUCGCUUCGAGUUCCUCGAGCACCAGAGGUUUCACACAGCAGUGAAGCCUUACAAAUGCUCUCAGUGUGGUAAAGCCUUCCGCACAGAGGCUCACCUGUCUGGACACAGGAAGAGAAAGUGUAAAAAUGCUGCACACAUUUGCACCAAGUGUGGUUGUCAGUUCAGGUCUCUGCACGAACGUGUCAGACACCAGUGUGUACAGCUGCUGACAAAAUACGAGUGUUCUCAUUGUGGAAAGACCUUCAAGAUGGCCCAUCUCCUCAGGAACCAUCAGAUGAGCGAGCAUCAGCUUCCGUACAGCCCCAACCAUCGCUUCAGGUGUAGAUACUGUGAUGAGACCUUUCCUGGCAUCAGCGAGUUGAAGUAUCAUCAGAGAGUUGACCAUGAGAAACCCUACCAGUGUCAGGAAUGUGGCAAGUGCUUCCUGUCUGAAAAAUGUCUGGCCAAUCAUGAGCUGCGCCACAACGAUGACAGACCUGAAAGCUGCGUAGUCUGCGGGCGUGGCUUCAGAAACCGCUACGAUUUAAAGCAGCACAUGCGCACUCACACAGGAGAGCGACCGUACCAGUGCACUCACUGUUCCCAAUGUUUCUCCACAGCAGGAGGACUGAGGAGUCACACCAGGGUUCACACGGGCGAGAAGCCACACAUUUGCCCGGAUUGUGGGAAAGCUUUCUCCCAGAUGGGUGCAAUGCGCACCCACAGGCUCACCCACACAGGAGAGAGGCCGUUCAAAUGCACAGUGUGUGGCAAAGGCUUUACAAUGGCACACAAAGUAACGGUUCAUAUGCGUGUGCACACGGGGGAGCGGCCAUAUGUGUGCUCUCAGUGUGGAAAAGCCUUCUCAGAUGGGAGUGUGCUGAAGCAGCACAUGCUGAACCACUCAGGGGUGAGACCGUACCACUGCCAGAUCUGUCCCAAGACCUACACCUGUCUGAACCACCUGAGGAGGCACCUGAAAAGCCACUCAAACAUGAACUGAAUCUGGUGUGAAGGCAAACUGGAGAAGACCAUAUAACAACAAACACUGCACUUGCUAACAAGCUGGUACUAAAAUUUUUAAUGGAUCUUCUCUCAUUCCCCAUCAAGCUUUGAGUGUUUUCCUUUUUUACUUUUCUGUACGUUUGUUUCUGAUGCAUGAAUACAUUUGAAUGUUGGAGUGAAAACUAUUUUACAGAGCUCCCCAAGAAUCACAGAGGAGAAAACUUUCUGGAGAUAUUAUUCAUUUCCCCUGUGAAAUAACCUGCAUUUCCUCUGGUCCAAAGAGAAAAGCUGAUCUGUAUUAUGACAGCUGCUGUUUCUGAUCACAUAAGAUGUUGGUGUGCCUCCAAAUGUUGGCGCUCAGACCCAAAUCUGCUGCAUGACCAGCUUCGCUGGGUCACCAAACCAACAGCUGGAUGUUACUGGAGUUGUUUUGAAUACAUUGUGUAAAAUCUCUUAUUUUCUCUCCUCCUCUGGUUUUGGCAGUCCACUAUGAUGUUUACCAUCACAUCACUUCGCUCCGUCUGUUAAGAGUUAGACAAAAAUAUUUUGUAGCCCAAAGAUGAUUUCUCCACUAUGAGCUAUGGGGGCUCUGUAUUAUUUGGUCGACCUGCUGUGUAUUCAGAAUUUCUAAUAUGGAAAGUUAUAUUUUUUGAAGGAAUUUGGAAAAAUAUAGAUGUGAAAGCUGUGACUCAUUGUAAAUAUGCUAGGUGACAAAUCCUGAGAGUGCAAAGUUAAAAGGAUAUUUCUUUAUUCCCUUAUUGUAGGUAGGUCCUUUCUUUUUUUUUUCUUUUUUUUUUUUCUUACAUUGGUUUGCAAGGUUUGUAAGACUCAAAUUAAAUUAGCUUGGUUACA